AUGACAUCUCUGGUCACCAAGUACCCAUGGCCUUUGCCACUGUUGCUGCUGCUGCUGCUGCCACUGAAGCUUCAAGGGGACUAUUGGGAUUACUCUGAAUAUGAACUAAACCCAGAAUUACGUGACUACUUAAGGGAACUUUAUAGUACAGGGCCCACCAAACCACCCACCAAAGAAAGAAUCAGAGAAAAGAUCAUUGCCGAGCCUGAGCGACCUUUCAAUGGUGACGAUUACUGUGAUAAUGAACUCAAGCUUAAAAAUAUUCACAAUAAGCUUCUCUGUUACCCAGAGCAUUACUUUGUAUCGGUGCCCUAUGAAGUUCUAAAAAAUGCCUGCCACAGCAGGCAAGUGAAAUGUAUGAACGGGACUGGAUUUUGCAGAAGAAGCAUGAACUUAAUGAAUGGAGUGCAGUGUACUUUAGUAAGUGGCAAGAGGAUGCCACACUGCUCAUACAGAAGCAUCUUCAUGACAGGCUAUGCGGUUGUCACUUGUCAAUGGGAUGAUGACUCCAAAGACUUUAUUCCUAACAACAUACUUGAGAUAUUGGUACCCAAGUAGCAGAAAAGCAUCAUACACCAGAACUAUGUCUCCCCCCUGACAUUCUAGGUUUCUCUAAGCAGUUACAUUUGGGAGUAGCUCACCCUUUAGAUACUAAUGCUGUUAAUCAAAAGUGAGAAUGGCACUUUCAGCCCAUUCACUCUAAUCAUACACCUCCCUUCU